AUGAAGUUCUUCAAAUCCGAACAAACCUUUGAUUAUCCAUGGGAGCAAGUGAGUGCGGCCAACUGGCAAAAGUAUCCAAAUAAGAUUUCUACACAUGUCAAAUCGGUUGAUGUUUUACGGAGAGAGUUCGACCCUGUCAGGCAGACUUUAACAUCCGAGAGAUUGAUUGGAUGCGCACAGAAUAUCCCGAGAUGGCUUUCCUUUCUCACUGGAGGUAUUAACAAGUCAUAUGUCAGAGAAGUGUCGGUUGUAGAUCUUAAAAACCGCAAAUUAACGAUGAAGUCUUGCAACCUGACCUGGGGAAGUGUGCUGAAAGUGUGGGAAACUGUUACAUACUCCCCAGAUCCCAAAAAUCCUCUAUGCAGCACUAAAUUUGAGCAGGAGGCCGAGAUUCAGGCUUCUCUUCAUUGCCAAAUAGGUGAUAAGAUCGAGCAGUGGAGUGUGGAUAGGUUUGGCCAAAACGCAAAAAAGGGAAAGGUUGGUUUUGACUCCGUGUUGGAGAAGUUGGAUCCCGUCUGGAACGAGAAAUUUAACGAUUUAUCUGGUAAGACCAGUAAGUUGUUCGACCAAAUGAACUCAAGAACUACUUCUGUUUUGAAAGAGUUGAAUGACCGUGCCGACUCCGUGAUAAAGGAGCUUAGUGAUAGAAAGGAGUGUGCUCUACAAGAUGUUAAUGGACGGGGUCAAAGUGCUGUUAAUCAGCUUAGGGAUUCGAUUCUCCACAAGAACUGA